UACAAGUAGGAAGUCCGCAGCGUUUUAUCCCAACUGCAUUUCUGCUGGAAGUUGUGCCCGCGCGGAGCCACCGGAGGAGUCCAGUCCAGUCUUGGACCGUCGCAGCCCCCCGUGAGGGUUUGACUCGUCCCCGGAGGAUCCUCAGCGCAGGAGUUUGCAUUUGGAGAAAAAGACUGACACAAUGAUCCUGAGGUGAGCGGACGGCCUGUUGUGUUUGUCUGUGACGAGCUCGUUGUUCAGAGGAAACUAUUGACUGAGAAACAAAAUGUCUGCUGCUAACAUCAUCCUCACACUCCUCCUCCUCUCAAACUCGGUUUCGAGCCAACAGGUCCCCUCUAACUGUGUGAUCAAGAGGGAGCAGGAGAAAUGCAUGGAAAUGAUGGCUUCAGAUGAUCCUGGGAAUGAUCCAGAGUUUGGUUGUCCGUGGUUGUGGGACAACCUGACGUGUUGGCAGCCGGCCAGGAUGGGCGAGGUUGUCGAGGUCAACUGUCCCGAGCUCUUCUCUCAGUUCAUGAGUGAAGAAGACUUCGAGCUGGGGAAGGUGAGUCGUAACUGCACCGAGUUCGGCUGGUCGGAGGCCUUCCCUCACUACAUCGACGCCUGCCUGUACGAGGAGGGAAACAGCAGCCACCCGGUCAGUGAUAUGUAUUAUGUGUCGGUGAAGGCUCUGUACACUGUGGGCUACAGCACCUCUCUGGUCUCUCUCACCACAGCCAUGGUCAUCCUGUGCAGGUUCAGGAAGCUGCACUGCACCAGGAACUUCAUCCACAUGAACCUAUUUGUGUCGUUCAUCCUGAGAGCUAUUUCUGUCUUCAUCAAAGACGGCGUGUUGUACGCCACAGAGGACAGCGAGCACUGCUUCAUACACACUCUGGAGUGUCGAGCGGUGAUGAUAUUCUUCCACUACUGCGUCCUCUCCAACUACUUCUGGCUCUUCAUCGAGGGCCUGUACCUCUUCACUUUACUGGUGGAGACCUUCUUCCCUGAGAAGAGAUACUUCUACUGGUACAUCAUCAUUGGCUGGGGGACCCCCACCGUGUGCGUGACCAUCUGGGCGGUGCUGAGGCUGCAUUUUGAUGAUAUCGGCUGUUGGGACAUGAAUGACAACGCUGCCAUCUGGUGGGUGAUAAAAGGACCUGUGCUGGCUUCCAUCAUGAUCAACUUUGUUCUCUUCAUCGGCAUCAUCGUCAUCCUCGUGCAGAAGUUACAGUCCCCAGAUAUUGGAGGAAAUGAAUCCAGUAUUUACCUGAGGUUGGCCCGCUCUACUCUGCUGCUGAUUCCUCUGUUCGGGAUUCACUACACUGUGUUCGCCUUCUCCCCUGAGAACUUCAGCAAGAGAGAGCGUCUGGUGUUUGAGCUCGGACUCGGAUCUUUCCAGGGCUUUGUGGUUGCCGUCCUCUACUGCUUCCUGAACGGAGAGGUGCAAUCGGAGAUCAAGAGGAAAUGGCGCAGCUGGACGGUGAACAGGUACUUUGCUGUGGACCUGAAGCACCGGCAUCCUUCGCUGGCGAGCAGUGGGGUGAACGGGGGAACGCAGCUGUCCAUCCUAAGCAAGAGCAGCUCGCAGAUCCGCAUGUCCAGCCUGCAGGCCGAGACCCCGGCCACCUGA